ACGUGGCUCGGCCGUCACGGCGGGCCCGGGCCAAUGGCGGAGCGGGGCCCUGCGCGCGGCUCCGGCGGGGUCAGGCGGCGGCGGGAGCCGAGCGCAGGUGGCCCGGGAGCGGCCGCUCCGCUCCGCUGCGGGAUGGAGCGCGGCGCGGCGGCGCUGAUCCGCGAGGGCUGGUUCCGCGAGACGUGCCGCCUGUGGCCCGGCCAGGCCAUGUCGCUGCAGGUGGAGGAGCUCCUGCACCACCAGCGCUCCCGCUACCAGGAGAUCCUCGUCUUCCGCAGCACCACGUACGGCAACGUCCUGGUUCUGGAUGGGGUGAUCCAGUGCACGGAGCGGGACGAGUUCUCCUACCAGGAAAUGAUCGCCAACCUUCCCCUCUGCAGCCACCCCGACCCCCGCAAGGUGCUCAUCAUCGGCGGCGGCGAUGGGGGCGUGCUGCGAGAGGUGGUCAAACACCCGACCGUGGAGUCCGUGGUGCAGUGCGAGAUCGAUGAGGAUGUGAUCCAGGUAUCCAAAAAAUACCUCCCAGGGAUGGCAGUGGGGUAUUCCAGUGCUAAGCUGACCUUGCAUGUGGGAGAUGGUUUUGAGUUCAUGAAACAAAAUCAAGAAGCCUUUGAUGUGAUUAUCACGGAUUCGUCUGACCCCAUGGGUCCUGCAGAAAGUUUGUUCAAAGAAUCUUAUUACCAGCUGAUGAAGACGGCCCUGCGAGAAGAUGGGAUUCUCUGCUGCCAAGGUGAGUGCCAGUGGCUGCACCUGGAUCUCAUUAAGGAGAUGCGUCAGUUCUGCAAGUCUCUGUUCCCGGUUGUGGAAUACGCCUAUUGCACCAUCCCCACGUAUCCCAGCGGGCAGAUUGGCUUCAUGCUCUGCAGCAAGAACCCUAACACAAAUUUCCGGGAGCCCGUGCAGCAGCUCUCGCAGCAGCAAGUAGAGGAGAGGAGUCUGAAAUACUACAACUCUGAAAUUCACCGGGCAGCAUUCAUUCUGCCAGAGUUUGCACGGAAGGCCCUGAGCGAUGUGUGAGGCCGAGAUGCUGCUUCCUUCCUUCAAGCUGGACUCUGAGAUCAUCAGUGAUGUGGCUGGGAUCUUCUCAGCAGACUGCAGAUUUGCUCUCCACUGUGUGGGAUUGUUUAACCCUUGGCCAGCCAACAUUCCCUCUGAUGUGUUAAAGAUGAUGGGGCAUAAGCCAGAUAAGACUAUUGAAAAGGUCCAGUGACUUAUUGCGUGAGGUCAAAACUGUUCUUUCCAGUGCUGGAAAUGUAAGAUGUCUUUUUCCUUUCUCUCCUCCCUGCACCCAUUCUAAAUUCUCCCAACCACACCCCACAUCCCCCCCAACUGACAUGAUGUAUUUAUAACUGACACAUAUUUCUGUCUGGUGGUCUGGGAAGAGUUCAAAGGGUCCCUGACUCAGCCUUAAGCACAGAGAGAGAGAAAGAGAGAGAGAGAGAGAGCUUUGUGCACAGUUGGCUCACUCUCUCCUCAUGGGAGCUUCCUGCUGCUGACACAUUUUGACUGGUAACAGGUCUGAGCCUUUGUGUCCCACUGCCCUGCUGUGACUCCUGCACUGCUCUGCAGCACAGCUGGAGAAGUCACAGUGCAAACUGUUGCCAUUCACAAUAGGUCUCCCUCCAACCCUGAUGGAGUAGCAGUAUUAAACACCAGCCAGGCAGGCUGGCAGCAGUCUUGUGGCUUCUUUUUUAGUUGUUAAUUUUUAAAAUUGGUCAGAAACAGAAGUGCUGAGGUGCCAACAGGCUGACUCCUGUUCUUACCUCUUGCCCUCAGAGAGGUUCCAAAGAAUGUUUAUCAAUAUGGUGAUAGGUGCUUUAUAUAUAUAUAUCUAUAGAUACAUAAAUAUAUAUCUAUAGAUAUUUAGAUAUAUAAAAAACAAACCUUAGCUCCAUUGCCUGAUGUUCAGUACUGAUGCUGGGGAGUCAGCUGUGCUGACAAAUCUCUGAUCUCAGUCAUGUUGAGAUGCCUCAGGCCUGGGUAUUUGCAAGUCCUUAGGAGGCAUCAUUAUUUCCAGUGCUGCCCCCAGAUGCAUAAUUUGUUUUUCACUGUACUCUGUAAGAUGGAUCUGCCUUCACUUCUUUACUUCUGUUCUGAAGAUUCCAUGGUGUGGGAAUCGCCCUCCCAGCACAGCCACUGUGCCACUGUCACUCCCUGCACUCAAUUAAACACUCGGCUCUGGUUAAGGUGACAUCAGUGUGGGUCAGUGUUCUCUGGGGAGCGAGUGGGGAGGAAAAACAGAGAUCCUGAAGGUUUGCUGUGCUUCCAGGUGCACUCUCUAGUUGGUCUGACUUCCUCUCUUAUCUUUAGGGAUGAUGAGUUAUCAAAAUGAAGCGCUGAAGUGCGAUCCCAUUGCAUGUUUUGUGUUGUGGUGUAGCUGCCCAACAGCUCCUCUCAUCCUCUGUGCUGCAGACUCAGUACCUGCUAUCCAAGCUGUUCUCCAGUCCAAAUGCUGCCUCUGUCACAGUUUUCCAAGUGCUUUUCCAGCUGCCCAUCUCCCUGCUGCUAUCAGGUAGCUCCUCUCAGCCCUGGCCCCAUGGAGCUGCACCUUCUUUUCCACUGCAGCACUGGUGGUGCCUCAGGGGCUCUGAGGGCUGAAUCACUGGUUCAGGCUGGGGAAAGGCAUUAGGUGGCAUUAAGAAAAGACAAAAAUGCUCCUUCUGAGAAACUUUUUGGCUUGGUAAGAGAGAACUAGAAGAAGCAGACUUCAGCAGGGGUUGGGGUUGAGCUUUGCCAUAAUAAGUGACCCUACAAACAGUGCAGGUGCUCCAGCCACUGUGUGCCCACAGCAAAGGAUUUGUGGGGUCAGUACUCUCCUGCUUUCUCCUGUUUCUGAUGAGACCUGGCACUUCUUUCCUUCUGCCACCUGUACUGGUACAGUUUCUUUGUGGUCCCAAGCACUGCUGAGCUGCAGAGCUGAGUCUAGAUCUCUGUAUUCUGGUGUUGAGAAGAUAACACCUAUUUUUCUCUUCAUUGUCUGGGUGACUGUCUUCUUUCUCACACAAUUAAUUUGAGUUAAUGAGGCAUUUUCAUUGCUCCAUUCUUGUAUUUUUAUAAGGAGCAGACCAGUAAUGGAGGCUGGUUCUAGCUGCUCCUGUUGAAAUUCCUGUGGGUCCUGAACCUCACUCAGCCUUUCAUCCUUGACAGAAAAUGAGCUCAGUCACUUUCCCCUAGAAUGGGAACCAAGACCAGGACUAUGGUCUGGGAAGGCCUUAGAGCAGCAGCCAGCCAGUAACAAGUUCAAGCCUUUCACCCAUCCUUGGUGAGAACAACAAUGCCCAGGAGGGAAAGAGCUUCCUCAAACCUGUUGUUGGCCUCCACACAACUAAUUAUUCCUUCUGGUUCUUUGAGCUCUCUCCAAAUACGUGAGUUCAGCGAGUGGCCAGUGAUGAGAGCAGAAGACAAGACUGUUUCUCAUCCAAGUCACACAUACCCUGUCCACAAAGCCCUAUAAAUCUAGUUUCUGAGUGAUUCCAGUUCACUGUUCCCCACAGAGAGUUCCAAACACUUCAGUGCCUUCAAUGUGAGAAGACAGAGCUCAGAGCCUGAAUCAACACUCAUUAAAUGAAUCCAGCAAGAGAGGGAGCAGGGGCUUGUGCAGCUGUGGUUGGUUCCACCUGAGCAGCUCUGAGCUUCAGGAUGUAAAAAUCCCCCCUGUGCUGAGCACUGCCACAGCUCUGUGUGCCCUGUGAGCUGCUGGGAUGGUGUUUGGCACCUGCAAGGUGGUUGUGUCUGCAGAUCCAUCAUCCCUUCCACAGAUCUGUGUCUGAGCUGUUAUGCUGCAGGAUGUGGUGGCCAAGGGACGCUGGGGGUUGAGGAGACACUGGAAAUUCGGGUAAUGCUCAACAGGAGGAAACUGUGGGGUCUCAUGUAGAACUGAGACCUAGUGGGCAACUGAAAUACCUUUUUCAGAGUUUUAGCUGCCAUUUGCCUAAGGCUAGUUAAGCAAGACUGUUCAUAAGCAAAGAGUCACAAAGGUGAUGUUUGUCUAGACACGCUGCAGUCGUGUUCCAGCAUCUCAUCCAGCCAGGAGCAUGUGAACAGGGAUAGGCUUUGUCCCAGCUAAUGUAAAAUGUAAUGUCAGAGCAGGUGGAGACAAGCAAGGGAAUGGAGGCUGAUGGGCUUUUUAAUCCAUUGCUUAAGUUGCUUGGCACCUUUUGAACUGUGUCAAACUGCCCUGAGCUUUAUUCAUUGAACUAAUUCAGUUUUUAGAAGUUCAGAAGAGCUUCAAAAAAUUGAGAGAAACCUCCUGCCUGUAUCUCUUGAGCCUUUUCAGUCAGUUAAUUGGACUGAGUGUCAUAUUGACCCAGAGCUGAUGUUAUUGAGGCCUGGCUGAAUUAUUGAUGGAGCUUGGCUGGAACAAGAGGCUGUUGAAGAAUGACAUCAGAACAGCAGUCUCAGUAAGCAAGGAGUCAAAAAAGUAUUAAAAAGUGCUACAAGGUUCAGGUAGAGGCAAGUUCCCUUGCUAAAAUGAUGGGGGAAGAAGAGGGAAAAGUGUGGACAUGAAAGGACAGCUCAGGUCUAGCAGAAGAGCCAGACAAAAUGCUGUUACAAAGAUGAGAAAUCUAAAGUUAAAUACGGAGAAGUCUGGGGAAUGCUCUUUCCUACUCAUGUGUUGGAUGGAGUUUAUUCC